AUGAACAUUUUCCGUUCAAAAUCCAGCUCCAAUGCGAGUGAAAAGAAACCUUCAUCACUCACGGUGGACCAUGGGCCGGUAACUAAGGAACCGAUACUCUCACCGCCCGCCGAUUACUCUCCGGUACCACCGGCUACACUGGACGAAGCGCAACAGGAAAAGCUACAAAAAUUGCGCGAGUACAUGGAGAGCAUCAUGCUUCCCGAAACCCACGAAUACUAUCCCAACGAGAAAGGCUUCUUGACCGAUGGUACGCUGAAACGGUACAUGCGUGCGAGAAAGUGGGAUUAUGAGGCGGCGAAAAACAUGCUGGAGAAUAGUGUGAAAUGGCGCCGGGAUUAUCGACCCGAUGAAAUUGAUCCCGACUACAUUCGUCCAGAGUCAGAGACAGGAAAGAUGUACUUCAACGGGUUUGACAAAUGCGGACGACCUAUUUGGAUUAUGAGACCACGAUUACAAAAUUCCAAGGAUGGUGACCGUCAAAUUAAAAACAUCGUCUUCAGUUUGGAGCGCGGAAUCCGAUUGAUGCCGGACAAGGUGGAGAACCUCGCUAUUAUUGUCGACUUUAAGGAUUCCUCCGCUUCGCAUAAUCCCAGUGUCGCCACUUGCAAAAAGUUCCUCGAUAUCCUCGGCAACCAUUACCCCGAACGUCUCGGCAUCGCCUUUGUCGUCAAAUCUCCUUGGUUCUUCUUUGCUACUUUCAAACUGAUUUCUCCUUUUAUGGAUCCUGUCACCAAGGAUAAAAUUAAAUUCGUUGCGACCACCAAUGCUUGGGUGCAUUUGGAGCAGUGUAUCGAUCCCAAUCACCUGGAAACCGACUUUGGCGGCAACUAUCAUUUCACCUUUGAUAUCGACGCGUACUGGGACAAAUUCAUCGAUCACACCGGUAGACCUUACAAAGUGAUCGAUUACUAG